GUACUUCUACACUAUCAUACAGGCCGAUGGCAAUCCUAAAACAGCACAGACUUUCUUAUACAUCUCUGGUGGUCCCGGUGCCAGCAGCCUUGGAAUUAUGUUGACAGCUAACGGACCAUGUCGCAUGGAUGAGGAUUCCCUCAUCGAAAACGAGUUGGGUUAUGCACGUUCAGUAGCCCGUAGACGCUUCCGGUGCCCUAGGUUCUCAUGGACGAGACAAGCUAACGGUAUCUGGGUCGAUGCACCGAUACCUACAGGUUUCAGUCAAGGACCUAUCGGUGCCGGAUGGGAGAAUCUAAUAUUAGACCUGGUGGACUUCGUCAAAAAGUUCUUCGAAGAACAUAAAGACCUAAACAAUGGCGUGCAUCUAGUCGGCUUCUCGUCGUCGGGUAAACUCCGAGGCGAUCACAUCACCGGCAAUAAGUGUAUAAACCCCCCUCCCCUCCCCUCAGCCCAGAUGAUGGCAACGUUGGGGGCACGGCUGGUCAAGUCUGUCGGCUUCAAGGUCAAUCUGGUUGGAGUGAUGAUGCUUUCUGGAAUGGUAGCGCCUCUAGCUAC